CAGGCGGAUAGCUCAUUGUGAAUCCAUGUGGCGGGGGCUGUGGACCCUGGUAUCCCGGGCUGCACGUGGGCCUCACAGUCCCAGACUGUGCACGCGCCAGGCCAGUGGUUACCCGGCCCCCGGUUCCGGAGCCACUAUCUUCGCUCUGAGCUCUGGCCAAGGCCGCUGCGGCAUCGCGGUGAUCCGAACCAGCGGCCCUGCCAGCGGCCACGCCCUCCGGAGCCUCACGGCGCCGCGGGACUUACCGCCGGCUCGCAAAGCCUGCCUGCGCCUGCUCAGCGACCCCCGCUCUGGGGAGCCUUUGGACCGCGCGCUGGUGCUUUGGUUUCCAGGUCCCCAAAGUUUUACCGGUGAGGAUUGCGCGGAGUUCCACGUACAUGGAGGGCCGGCCGUGGUGAGUGGUGUCCUGCAGGCCCUGGGCAGUGUGCCAGGGCUGAGGCCAGCGGAAGCAGGCGAGUUCACCAGGAGGGCGUUCGCCCACGGGAAGCUGAGCCUGACGGAGGUGGAGGGGCUGGCAGACCUGAUCCACGCAGAAACCGAGGCGCAGCGGCGACAGGCCCUGAGGCAGCUCGAUGGGGAGCUGGGUGACCUCUGCCGCGGCUGGGCCGAGACCCUCACUAAAGCUCUGGCCCAUGUAGAGGCCUAUAUCGAUUUUAGUGAGGAUGACAACCUGGAGGAAGGCGUCCUGGAUCAAGCUGAUAGUGAGGUGCGGAAGCUGGAGGUGGCGCUUGGUGUACAUCUUCGAGAUGCCAGGCGCGGGCAGAGGCUCCGCUCAGGGGCGCACGUAGUGGUUGCGGGACCUCCCAACGCCGGCAAAAGCAGCCUGGUGAACCUGCUCAGCCGGAAGCCUGUGUCCAUCGUGUCCCCGGAGCCGGGGACCACCCGAGAUGUUCUGGAGACCCCCGUGGACCUGGCCGGGUUCCCGGCGCUGCUGAGCGACACUGCAGGGUUGCGGGAAGGCGUGGGGCCUGUGGAGCAGGAGGGAGUGCGGCGUGCCCAAAAAAGGCUGGAGCAGGCUGACCUCAUUCUGGCCGUGUUGGAUGCUUCUGACCUGGCCUCUCCAGCCAGCUGCAACUUCCUGGACACCGUUGUCAUCCCGGCAGGAGCCGGGAACCCCAAUGGGAGCCACCAGCGCCUUCUGCUUGUGCUGAAUAAAUCGGACCUGCUGCCCGCUGGGUGCUCAGACCCCCAUCCUGACCUCCCCUCCCACCUGUUGCUGUCUUGCCUGACGGGUGAGGGGCUGGACGGCCUCCUAGAAGCACUGAAGAAGGAGCUGGCUGAACUGUGUGGGGACCCGUCCACAGGCCCACUUCUGACACGAUCGAGGCACCAACACCACCUCCAGGGCUGCCUGGAUGCCCUUGGUCAGUACAGGCAAGCAAAAGACUUAGCCCUGGCAGCCGAGGCACUUCGGGUAGCCCGAGGGCAUCUGAGUCAUCUCACUGGUGGAGGGGGCACCGAGGAAAUUCUGGAUAUCAUCUUCCGGGACUUCUGCGUGGGCAAGUGAGGGGGCAUCUGAAGCUCAGACCCAGGCUGGAGGAGCACCCAGAAGCCUUGGGGUGUCUGGGAACAGCUAAGGCCAAGUCGGGGAACUUGACCGAAAACCAUGAAGCCUCUGUUGCUGGUAGUGACUGAGUGGCAGCCGGCCAGAUUUCGGGGGUUUGGCCCUGAGUGGGGCUGAAGGGAGGUCAUUUUGGGCACAUGAUGCUGGGGGAGGUGGAGGAUCAAGACGGAGGUUGAAAGGUCUCAGACGUUUUUUGUUUUAUAGUUUUUAAUUUAUUUUGCAAAUUCCAAAGAAAGGUAAGAAAUGGGUGAUCCAGAAAUAUUUGAACACCCUCUCCUUGGUUGUUGUAUCCUUCCAGAACUUUCUGUGCAAAUUUGCAUACUUG